UCAGCAGGUCGCCUGGUGGUAACUUCCGGCCAAAGGCGCUAUCAGAGGGUUGUUAUCAAACACUCCAAAUCUUUUGUAACGUUUUGUUGCGGUGUUUUAUAAGGACUUCGCUGCAGUAACUGGCAGUUUUUUCUCUGGGUUUUGUCUCACUGGAAACAAAUCAUGUCCCUGGUGCCCACGGUGAGACUGUCCGGUGGUCUGGAGGUCUGCCGGGUCCUCAACGGGAUGUGGCAGGUGUCUGGAGCCCACGGACCCGUGAAUAAAGACCGAGCAGUGGAGGCCAUGCAGGCGUAUGUGGAUGCUGGUCUGACCUCCUUUGACAUGGCAGACAUUUAUGGACCUGCAGAGGAAAUAUUUGGACAAUUCAACAACCAGUUGAAGUCCAAACCCUCUGCUCCAGCUCUGCAGGCUUUGACCAAAUGGGUGCCAAGAUCUGGACCAAUGGACCGUAACGUGGCGGAGAAGGCUCUGCGGCGCUCCAUGGCCCGGAUGAAUGUGGAUGUGGUGGACUGUGUUCAGUUUCACUGGUGGGACUACAGGGACAAGAGAUACCUGGAUGCACUGGGACACCUGUCCGACCUGCAGCAGGAAGGACUCAUACGAGAGCUCUCCCUCACCAACUUCGACACCCAGAGACUGGAGGAGAUCACCAGUAGAGGCAUCAGAAUCUCCAGCAACCAGGUUCAGUACUCUCUGAUUGACCAGCGACCUGCAGUGAAGAUGGAGCAGUUCUGUCUGGCCAACAACAUUCAGCUCCUCACUUAUGGCACUCUGGCUGGAGGUUUACUUUCUGAGCGUUAUCUUGGGAUGGCAGAGCCUACGUCCAGGGCGGAGCUUUACACUGCGUCUUUAUCAAAGUACAAGAACAUGAUCGACACAUGGGGCGGAUGGAGACUUUUCCAGGAUCUCCUCAUCGCCCUAGAGACAGUUGCCAAGAGACACAGCUGCUCAGUGGCCAACGUGGCAACACGUUAUGUGCUGGACCAGCCUGCUGUAGGCGGGGUCAUCGUGGGCUGCCGUCUUGGCGUCGCAGGGGCGGGGCAACACAUCGACGACAGUCUGCGUAGCUGCAGCCCCGAACUGAAGCUCACGGCUGAAGAUCUUGCCGCCAUUGAAGCAGUCACGCGGUGUUCUAACGACCUCAUGGCGCUCAUUGGUGACUGUGGCGACGAGUACAGGAACUAAAGGGGGAGCGGGGUGUGACAGAAGGAGUAAAGUAAAAUAACAUGUCAUACAGCUCAGCCCCACAGUGGAAAAAGGAGAAACUAUAACUUUAAAUUUCUAUUAAAUUAAAUGUUAUGUAUUAAAAAUCUUAUAAUUGUAUAUCUAUAGGGUGAAGUAUGUUAAAACACACCAAAAAGAGAUGUUUGUAAUGGAAAAUAAACAUUUUAUCAAUUAUUUUUAUCACUUUUUUUUAUUCAUUUCACCCACAUCAGAACACAGUUUGCCAUACUGACAGCUUUCAAACAAAACUCUGACCUGGAAACAGACACUGAUCUGGAGGUUUUUCAAUAUAGUGAGUGCCAGUUUUCUCAUAAUAUUUAGUGUUAAUCUGGUAUCAUUUUGACAAACUUACCCUUUAAAGAGACGUACAGAACUGGAUAUAAUGUACAUUAGUAUUCCUUUGUGUCUGAGAAAGUGGCCAUGAGGUACACCAUGUGUGUUUUAUAAGGGGGGCGGGGGUUCAGCGAAGUGGAAGGAAGUGUCGAAGCGUCUGGACGUACAGAUGAUGAGAAAGAGACUAAAUGUACAGAUGCACGCCAACGUGAAAUGGAGGAAAAAACGCCGAAGGACAGUCUGGACGGCAUUUUACAUGUACAGGAUGGUGCUGUAGAUUAUAAUACAGCUCUGGAAAACAGAAACCACUGA